CAGUUCCUGUUCUUUAACCUUAAAAAUGACUCUGACACCAAAAUCUAUUCUCACUCUUUUUCUCACUCUUCUUCUUCCUUUCACCAUUACCUCCUCCUCUUCCAUACAAAAUCUCCUUCGGAGCCAAGGCUUACCCGGCGGUCUCUUCCCAAACAAUGUCAAAUCCUACAGUUUUGAUUACCAAAGUAGUCGGUUGGAGGUGUAUCUGGAAAGUCCUUGUAUGGCCAAGUUUGAUAGUAGAGUUUACUUUAACAGUGUGGUGAGAGCUAAUCUCAGUUAUGGUGGGCUAAUAGGACUUGAAGGUCUUGCUCAAGAAGAGCUCUUUCUUUGGCUCCCAGUUAAAGGUAUCAUAGUCAACGAUCCGUCUUCUGGGCUCAUUUUGUUUGAUAUUGGUCUUGCUCAGAAACAGCUCUCGCUUUCUCUCUUUGAAGAUCCUCCUGUUUGCAAGCGUCAAGGUGCUUCACUAGAAAAUGUUGGGAGGAAGAUGGGAUCUCAAGUUCAGAGAUGAAAGAUUAAGCUUUACCAUUGCAGAG